GGGGAGGAGAGGCACAGUCGCGAGGGUGGAGGACAAGGUGGUGGAGAAGGAGGAGACGCGGAGGACAGGAGAAGCCUCCACUGUCGGAGGACAGAUCUAACGCACGUCAGGAUCCCAGUCGGACGGACUGACGCUGCCGUCGGAUCACCGAGGAACCGGGGGACCCGGUGUACCGGAACCCGCGUGACGGAAUGGACUCUCUUUGUGCACCCUUCGCAGUGUCCGGCUCGAACCACCACCGACGAUUCUAUCGUACUAUCAUCGAUCUGAGUGAACCGGGAGAGAAAGAAAAGGGAGAAGCUUGUGGUAUAGACAACGUUUUGAUCGGUUUAAUCGAACCAACUGUUUCUACGAACGGGGAAGGAGGUUGUUGGAUAGAGUGAAAUAAUUGACAGGAUAAACGAUCGUGCAUAAACUCGCAUGGCUCGGAGGACUGUCAGCGUUCUUACAAUUAGUGUUUUGUUUUUGAAUCCAUCAUCCGCCGUGCAGCGAUGAGAUCCAAGCCGGUGGCUAGAAGAUUGCCACAGGGAAGCAGCGACGAAGGCGAGUCGAUGUCAGGCACGCCGGCCGGUGGAGGUACGGGGGGAACCGGCGAAAAUCAAGAAAUGGAGGAAAACGGUUCGAUUCGUGGCGGCAGCAACUCUGCCAGUAAUCUGGUAUACAGAGAUCUGAAGGCUCUUCACGCGACCAGUGUCCACGACGUGUCUCAGGAUUAUAAUCCGCAAUCAAGGCCGGCUUAUCAAUGUGGCUAUUCGCCCGCCAUGGAGAAGCAACAUCAGAAUUACGAAAAGGAACAGCACAGACCACCUUCGUCCAGGGACGAGGAGAAAUCUUCGUGGGAAUACGGCGAGAAGGCUGACAGGAAGGAGUAUUUGAGAUCACGAGACGCCGUCUACAGGAACGAAGCGUAUCAGGACGCGACCAAACAGGAACAAAAGGAGCAAUCUAACCGCGAGUGGGUAUCACCGGUACCGGAAGUGGAGGUGGGAGGUUCGGCACCGGGCGGCCCUCAGGUUCGAGCGCGGAAGGACAUUCCACGGGGUGCGAGAUUCGGCCCUUUUCUUGGAAAAUGGGCGAGCGAGCCUUUCAACCCCCGUUACGCGUGGGAGGUUCGUACAGCUGGAAGUGGAGUCAGGGGGUGGUUGGACGCAUCCCACGAAACAAAUAAUUGGUUGAAGUAUGUUCGAAGCACUAGCAGUCCGCACACCGUUAAUAUGCGACACGUGCUUAUUGGUGGACAGAUGGUGUACGAAGCGGUGCGGGAUAUAGCGGCGGGUGAAGAGCUGCUUCUCGGUGUUCGAGAACCUCUUCAACUUCAGGAUAUGCUUGGUGAAAAUACUACCGAGGACAGAAGCGAUCGAGAGACCGCCUCGCAGCACAGUGGGACCGUAGACGAAGAUAAAGAAGACGAGGAGGAAGGAGAGACCAGAUGCCCUGUCUGCGACAAACCAUUUCAAGAUAUUGAACUAUUGGACAGUCACCUGAUAACGUGUCACAGAUAUCCGGCGGAACAGCAUCGCUGCGACAAUUGUCCCCGUGCGUACGCCUGGCGACCACUGUUGGUUCGUCAUCGUGCGAUCGUUCACGGUGAUCUCCGAAACUAUCCCUGCGAGAACUGUCCGAAGUCGGACAAACCGCAGGUCUUCACGGACCCGUCGAACCUCCAGCGUCAUAUCAGGACCCACCACGUGGGCGCGAGAAGUCACGCGUGCACCGAAUGCGGAAAGACGUUCGCCACCAGUUCCGGUCUCAAGCAGCACACUCAUAUCCACAGCAGCGUGAAACCGUUCCAGUGCGAGGUGUGCUUCAAGGCAUACACGCAGUUCUCGAACCUAUGCCGACACAAACGCAUGCACGCUGAUUGUCGUAUGCAGAUCAAAUGUGUUAAAUGUGGACAGUCCUUUAGCACGGUUACCUCGUUAUCAAAGCAUAAGCGAUUCUGCGAUUCGACACCGCCGACCGGUCCACCUGGUGCCAUGCCGCAGUUACCAACCCCAGCGCCGAGUCCUUUUCUGGUCUAUCCGAGACCUCCGGUCAGUCUCCCAGGGGGUUUGCCUUUCUAUCCACCAAGUUUGAUGGGACCCUAUCCGGGAAUUUUCCCCAACGCUCCUAACUUUUUGAACACUCCGCUCUUGUUCCCGCCGAAAGUUGAGGAAGCUGAGAAAAGGAGCGACAGUCCAAAGAAAGAGCGCUUCACCCCGCCGAGAGUACUGCCGCAGCAUAGUAAAGUAUCUCCAUCCACUGCUGAGGAGGCUACGUCCUCGUUCAGACCAUCUCCAGCUAGGCCACCUGUCCAGCCGACUCCCGAGAGCGACGACGAUCCCUCUAAGAAACGGGAGACCAACAGAAACAACGAGAAAAAGACGGAUUCUGAACAUGCCCCGGCAACCACGAACGAAGAGACGACAGAUCAACCUUUAGAUCUGAGAGUCCAAACGAAGAAGGAACGGACGAAUUCGAACAUCGCAGAGAGGAAGAGUCGUAGCCCGUCACCAACGCCAGCGCCGAUGGAAGAAGCACCACCUCCUCCAGAUCCUCCAAAACCCGAGGAAGAGACGCCCGUGCCAAUGGAGGUCGAUUCCAAGGAUAUGCCCAACAGCCCGCAGCUGAGAACCAGCCUACCCACGGAACAACCACCUACCACCACACCACCGCACAUGGCGUAUCCCAGACCGAUUCACCCGAUGUUGCUGGAGGCCAUGUAUCGCGGACCAACUAGUUCCUUUCCAGGAUUUCCAGGUGGACCACCGCCUCCUGGUAGUGCAACCCCGGAAUCCAGACUGCUACCACCGCUACCACCCUUUGGACCACCGCGUGGGCUUCCUUUUUUAGGGACAUUUAUGAACGGGCUCAGCGGCGCUAGGCCAGGAGGCGGAGGAUUCGAUCUGCUUGCCAGGCCGCCGUUGGGACCGUUCCCCGGUGUGAAGCCGUUCCAAGAGGCCGUGAUCGCGCCUCAUCACCAUCAUCAUCAUCAUCACGCCCACGGCAAAAUGAAAGACCGAUAUUCCUGCAAGUUCUGCGGGAAGGUGUUCCCCCGAUCCGCCAAUUUGACCAGACAUUUGCGUACGCAUACCGGUGAACAACCUUACAAAUGCAAGUAUUGCGAGCGAUCCUUCAGCAUCUCCAGUAAUCUCCAGCGGCACGUGAGGAAUAUUCACGACAAACAGAGACCUUUCAAGUGUCCACUUUGCGAGAGAUGCUUUGGUCAACAAACAAAUUUAGACAGACAUUUGAAGAAACACGAAGCCGACGACGGUAGUGGCGUUGUUUCCGUGGCGGAUUCACCGGGGAGCAGCAACGAAAACGAACGAGAGGAUACGUACUUCGACGAAAUCAGAUCGUUCAUGGGAAAGGUGACUUAUGGUGGCGAGGCUGGCUAUGGAUUGCCCCCACACCCGGCCUAUUUACCUAGUCGACUUCACGAGAUGCACGAGUCCAAGAUGGAAACGGAAUACGACGAAGACGAGGAUAGCGAGGAAGGAGUCUCUCCUUUGGAUGAAACGGAUGGCUUGUCACCCGCAGAGGCUAAAGAAUCCACUCCACCACCGCAAUACGAUCUGAAGCUGAGGGAGAAGCAGGAACUGCUCAACAAUAACACGGCCGAGCCUGUUAUCGAGAUUUCCACAUAGCCCAUAGGUCGGAUAGUUUGAAGAAGAUGGAAAUUAUUCGCGGAAAUGCUGUUUUAGUGACGCACAUAGAACUGUUACAAAGGUGUUCGUCUUGAUGUAACUGUUAUAACCGUAGGAAAAUUCGAUCUAUCGUGUUUUCAAAUAACUCGUCGUGAAAAGUGUCAGUUUGAGAAUUUCGUCGCUGACACCGUGACUUCUUUGAAGUUGAACUUUCUUCGGGGUACGAUAAGAAGAUGUUAAAGACGUUAAAUAAAAGUGCGUUUAUAAUAAUCCGCAGACAUUUUUGGAUUCGGUGGGCUUUUAUUUUCCAAGUUUCUAUUUUCUUUUCUUUUUGCACCGCAAGAGUGAGAAUGUAAGAGAGAUCGAACGAAAUUCACUGUCCUUUCUCAUACACGAACAAAUACAUAUACACGUACACACCCACAUAUACACAUAUUCACGUUCGUUACGGACAAGCUGUUCAAUAGCGUAGUUCCUACAGGCUCGUUUUCAUUGUACACGCGCACGUAAUUAAUAAUCGUUCGAACUUUCCCUCUUUUCCCUUCGACGACCUAACUAUCGGUCGCUAAUCGUAGUAUUAUUUACUCAAGUUACUGCAAGUUAUUUUGCGUCGUGCGAAGCUGUCUUACGCGAAAGACAGAUCCCGAUUCGAGUUUCUAAAUCUCGAUUACCCUCCUUUAAUAGUAUGUAUAUUCACGCAAGACGAUCUAAUCGUACAGCGAUUCAAAGAUAUCAGAGCCGGGAGAAGAUUAAGCAUCGACGUUUUUUUCUUUUUAGAGAGUAGUUCGAUGGUUGCAAUUCUCGACGGAAGCGAAUUCAAGGAACCUCGUGGAGCUCGUGCUCGAAUAGGUAGAAAAGUACGUGCAUAUGUCUGAUGUUAGUCGGCUCGAAGCCAAAGCGACGAGGAUAACGAUUAUCGAAGCGAACGUGUAAUUAAAAGAGUAACGUUUUAUGAGAAUCUGUGUACAAAUUUCUAUUAGGUGAUAUAACGUUUGUAAAAAAGAAGAAGAAUAGCAAAGUUCUCCACAAUUUUUAAUAUAUAUAUAUAUAGAUAGAUAUUAUACAUAUGCAUAUAUUAUAAAUAUGCGAUCUUAUCAAUUUAUUGUGACAUGGGUUACGAGAAGUACUUUAUAGAGACGCAUAAUUGUUACGUUUAUUUCACUGGAUAAUAAAUAAGCGGAUCGCGUGUGUUUUCAUCCAGUUCUCGAUGUUCAAGAAUGAUGCUCGUGAAUGUUCAACGAAACGAACAUCUGAAUUUUGUACAGGCGUAGGUGUGUACGGAAUCGCAAAGAAAAAGAAAAAAUAAAGUUAUUUCCCUUGUUCUUUUUUUUUUAUCAUUCCCAGGCAAUGUUUGUGAAUAGCGUUUUGAUAAUGGCGUUGACAACAUAGGAAGUUAUCUUGUUUUUUCACGUAAAAGAUUACGAAUACAUGCUCUACAUAUCUCUUCUUCUCUCAUCCUUUUCUCUAAUAGACGAUAACAAACUUACAGUUUGAUUAAGCAUACUUACGUCGAUCAUACUAAUUAAGAACGAUUAUACUAUGAAUCUAUCUAUACAUAUUGUAUAAAAGCAUUCUGUAACUUCAUUAUAAUUACUAUUAAAAUAUUACACUUCAAAUA